UCUUGUCGGACUGCAGCAUCGAGCGGCGAGCAUCUCAAUUGGAACGAGUGUGGAGCUCACACGUUCCCACGCGUUGGCUGGCAUGCAAUCUCAACGAUGGCUGAUGGCCUCGUUUGCUGAGCUCUUCCAGAACUGAGGAGUUUUCCAAUUUCAACGGCCACCUUUCCAGCUCCAUGGGGUUUGACCUCAGCCCUUAAUUAUUAUCCUGGCAGCCGACUGGCGUUCCCGGCUGUUGCUCGCUUGACUUUAUAAGCUACCCAGAGUGCGUCCCGUGCAGCUAUAUCCACUGGAGCUGCUGAAAUAGGCUACUUACAAACACUUAGUGCUCAGCUCUGUCUGCGUCAAGAUGAACGAAACGCACAACAGCAGGACUUCCCUGGUCAAAGGCGCCAAGGACAUUGCCAAGGAAGCCAAGAGGCAAGCCGGCAAGAACUUCAACAAGGCGGUGGACCGCACCUCGGAUGAAUACUCAGCGCAGCGCAGCUACAAUCGAUUCCAUAACGACGGCGAGGAGAACGACUCCAAUUCGUAUGGACAAGUGGACAGGCACUACGACAACGCUGCCGACGACGAAGACGGGGCAUCCAGUGAUGCCACAGAGGGCCACGACGAUGAAGAUGAGAUCUAUGAGGGCGAAUACCAAGGCGUGCCGGCGUACCAGGACGAGAAACAGCGGGCUGGACAGAUGGCUCUGGGCCAACUUGCGGGCGAGGCUCCGAAGAGCUGCAAGGAGUUGGAGAACGAGCGGCAAGCCGACGAGGAAGAGCUGGCGCAGCAGUACGAGCUCAUCAUGCAGGAGUGUGGUCACGGGAGGUUCCAGUGGCAGCUCUUUUUCGUGCUGGGCCUGGCGCUCAUGUCAGACGGCGUGGAGGUGUUCGUUGUGGGAUUCGUCCUACCCAGCGCUGAGACGGACAUGUGCGUGCCCAACUCCGGCGCUGGAUGGCUUGGCAGCAUCGUGUACCUGGGGAUGAUGUUCGGAGCCUUCUUUUGGGGAGGGCUUUCGGACAAGCUGGGCCGCAAACAGUGCCUGCUAAUAUCCUUGUCCACCAACGGCUUCUUCGCCUUCCUCUCGUCCUUCGUGCAGGGCUACAGCACCUUCCUAUUUUGCCGCAUGCUGUCGGGAUUUGGGAUUGGCGGUGCUGUGCCCAUUGUGUUUUCGUACUUUGCCGAGGUGUUGGCCCGGGAGAAGCGCGGUGAGCACCUGAGCUGGCUCUGCAUGUUCUGGAUGAUCGGUGGCAUCUACGCUUCGGCCAUGGCGUGGGCCAUCAUACCGCACUAUGGUUGGAGUUUUAGCAUGGGCUCUGCCUACCAGUUCCACAGCUGGCGAGUAUUUGUGGUGGUGUGUGCACUGCCUUGCGUCUCAGCAGUGGUGGCACUCACCUUCAUGCCUGAGAGCCCCCGCUUCUUCUUACAGAUGGGCAAGCACGACGAGGCCUGGAUGGUCCUCAAGCACAUCCAUGACACGAACAUGCGAGCCCGCGGAGAACCGGAGAGAGUCUUCACGGUCAAUCGGAUAAAGAUCCCCAAACUGCUGGACGAGCUGGUUGAGCUGAAGAGCGAGUCGGGCAACCCGGUUCUCAAGGUUCUCUCCAAAGUUAAGGCCGAGCUUCAAGGGAUCUGGUCCACUUUCAUGAGAUGCUUUGACUACCCGAUAAAAGACAACACCAUGAAACUGGCAGCGGUUUGGUUUACGCUCUCCUUUGGGUACUACGGGUUAUCUGUGUGGUUCCCCGACGUGAUCAAGCACCUGCAAGCCGAUGAGUACGCCUCCCGGGUGAAGAUCCACACCAGCGAACGCAUCGAAGACUUCACCUUCAACUUCACGCUGGAGAACCAGAUACACAGAAAUGGCGUUUUCCUCAACGACAGGUUUAUCAGCAUGAAGUUCAAGGCUGUGUCCUUCGUCAACUCCUCAUUCCUCAACUGCUAUUUUGAGGAUGUCUCCUCAGUGGGCUCCUCCUUCAAAAACUGCACCUUUGUCGACUCCUUCUUUUACAACACGGAUAUCGAUGACUCCAAGCUGACAAACUCGAGGGUGGUCAACAGCUCCUUCCACCACAACAAGACGGGCUGUCAGAUGACCUUCGAUGACGACUACAGCGCGUACUGGGUCUACUUUGUCAACUUCCUGGGAACGUUGGCCGUGCUGCCUGGCAACAUUGUCUCGGCUCUCCUCAUGGACAAAAUAGGCCGCCUUAGCAUGUUGGGGGGUUCCAUGGUACUGUCGGGAAUCAGCUGCUUCUUCCUGUGGUUCGGCACCAGCGAGUCCAUGAUGAUCUUCAUGUUGUGCCUCUACAACGGCCUCAGCAUCUCCGCUUGGAACUCCCUGGAUGUGGUCACGACCGAGCUCUACCCCACCGACAGGAGAGGCACCGGCUUUGGCUUCUGCAACGCCUUGUGCAAGCUGGCCGCCGUGCUGGGAAACCUGAUCUUUGGCUCUCUGGUGGGCAUCACCAAGGCCAUCCCCAUCCUUCUGGCAUCGUGCGUGCUGGUCUCCGGCGGGUUGGUGGGCCUGCGGCUGCCCGACACGCGCGUCAAUGUCCUCAUGUAAACCUUUGGUCAUUUGCUUACCUGGACCUUACACACACACACACACACACACACACACACACACACACACACACACACACACACACACACACACACACACACGCAUUUUUGACCCUGGCAGGCAGCCAUAGUUUUACAUAGACGGGAGCCAUUUUACUCCGAUAGGCCACGAAUAGAGUGGCAAGCCCACAACAGCACUUUUAUGUUCUUAUUUAUUUGUCCAAUGAAAAGCAAGUACCUCCACAUUUAUGUUGUCCCCCCCCCCUCCGCUUCCCCUCAAAUAACUGAAAAUUAUUUUCUCUUUUUUCUGCUACAAGGAAAACUAAACACUAAAUUUGGAGAGACAUUCGUACCAGUCAAGAGUGACAAUGAGUUUAUACAUUAACUUAUUAGGUUUUAGUUGUUAGUUUUUCCUUCAAUGUGAACAAAAAAGAAAUACAUUUUUGUAGAUUUUUUUUUUCAAAAGGAAGGAAAGGACAAACAAAAAUUGGAGAUUCAUGCUUUUCAGUGAACAUUGACAAAUUAUUUAUUUGAUGUAAAAUAUUUUUUAUUAAUCAAUUAAAUUGAAUUCAAUGAUCCAAUUCUGUUCAUUGAAUUCAAUUUUUUUUUCAAUGCAUUUCAAUGACUGUCAACUGCACGCAGAUUUUCGCUAUUUGUGGACCAGCCCGGUCUCGAUCUCCUGCAAAUCGCGGGGAUCCACUGUAUUUUAAUUGCAAAAUUUUGCAUGUUGUUUAAAAAAUGACCACUUUUAUUGCGAAAUCUGCCGUUUGAAUAGCAAAAUGUAGCAUUUUCAUUGCAAGAUUUUAGCUUUUCAUUGCAUAAUCAACCCUUUGCUGCCAAGUUACAGAGCCUCUGGUA